UUUAUCUUACAAAUUACUUUCUAACCAUAUUGUAAUUUUCAUAAAUAAUCUAUAUUUAUUACUUUACAUGUCCAAACAUUUAAAAUAAUGGAUGAUAAACUUUAUUGUCCGUAACCAAACAUACCCUAACAAAGUUAAGAUAAUCCACCACUACCAGUGUCUCCGAUAUCCGAUCCAAUCCGGCCACCCCCUCCAAUCACUCCUGAAUCAUAGCUCAGCACACUCCACCAGACCACCACCCUCCUCUCUCUCUCUCUCUCUCUAUAUAUAUAUAUAUAUACUUAUAUACUUACAUGUAGUAAAGCAGGCACGAUCAUUGAUCAGAAUUCAGAUGUGUUAGAGGAGAGAAGAUCAAAGAAGCACCAGCAACAAUGGCAGCAGCGAUCGACGACUCGUGCAGGAGGCCAGGCUCGAUCCCGUUCAAGUGGGAGAUCUGCCCAGGGACGCCGAAGCACGUAAGGAGCAGCAGCGAGAGCGCGGCGCCAACGCCGUCGUCGUCGCCGUACUCCUCCGCCACCGCCACCGCCACCGUCGUCUCCAAGGUGGCGGUGUCGCCGAAGCUGACGCCGCCGCCAGCCAUGUCACCGUCGCCGUACCACUCCCCGCGGGUCUCCUACUACUCUUCUUCCGCGGCGGCGCGCUCAUCGGCGUCCGUGUCGCCGUCCCGGCGCCGCGGCGCGCACCACCGGCCCACCGCGUUCCUCGACGUCAACCCCCGCGUCGCCCCCACGUACCGCGCCGCCGCCGGCGCUGUCGAGGACGACGAGGCGGCAGCGCCGCCGGCCGGCAGCAGGUGCUUCCCGCUCCCCGUAUUCCGGAGGCGGGACGGCGGCAGGAAAGGUGGCCGCCGGUCGUCCGGGAACGGGACGACGUCGUCGGGCUCGUCGUCCGCGAGCAGCUUCUGGUCGGACUAUGGCGCCGCCGCGCCGGCGAUGCCGGGUGGGCUUAGGCGGUCGGUGUCGACAUCCUCGUCGUCGUCGUGCCUGUCGCUGUCGUCCAGGAGUAGCGGUAAGUUGGCCGAGGCCAGGGAGGUGGAGGCCGCCGGCGGCUGGUUCUACUGAGGUAUAGCCGGCCCGGCCGGCAAAGGCAGAGCAGCCAAGCCAAGGAUGCAGAUAUAUAUAUUACCACCAAGAAUUCGAGGAGAAGAUUGUUUGUGAUUGUGUUUAAUUAUGUGUGUGUGUGUGUGUGUGUUAGCGUGUGUGUGAAUUAUAAGUACUUGAUUAUACACUGAGACCCAGAGCAAGGUCGGUGAUGCAACCGCUUUGGCUGGAGACUGUUUGUAUGGGCGAGUGGAGUUCGUCGUGUACUAUGAAACAGUUGCUCGUAGAUAAUAAUUACAUCAUAUAUGGUGUCAAGUUAUGUGUGUA